AUGGCCGAGCUACACUGUCUUGAACUCUUGCCAACUGAUAUAUUCGUGACUCUGACUGCAUUCCUUCAAUGCAACGAACUCCAGAAAAUAUCCAUGACGUCCAAGGCACUCCGAAAUGGUCUAAUUGCUACCAAGGCGAGGAUCGUGGCUAGUAUGUCUGCUCAGAUCCAUAGUGACGUACACAAGACAUGUAGUCCCAUUGCCUUGGCAAGACCAACAGCCUCCAGAAUCAUUAUAAAAGACAAGAGACUCGCUCAGCACAUCUUUCUGAUGCAAUGGCAAAACAUCUUGAACCGUAUUCGACCUGCUAUAACCACGUUUAAACACAAACUCACUGAAGCUAGCUCGACAACUCUCAGCAAGGCAUUAGUAGAACGUCUGGCUGUAACAUCGAUGCUCUGGGUCUUGUCGAUCGGCUCCAACAAUGGUUCCUUCAACCUCACCAGAAUAAUCUACCGUAUGAUUUUGGUGAGCAACAAUAAUAAUACCAGUAUGCCAACAUCCGAUAAUGCUACAGCUGCUAGAGGUCUUGUUGGUGAUAAACUGCCUCUUGCUCUCCAGCCUCAAACUGUAAUGGUCGCAUCCCUAAUACUCGCUGCUAAAUCACUCGCGCAACAAGUCGAAGAGACUGUGGUUACCAAAGUAAAUACUACCGAUGAUGGGAUUUUAGGUAUGGCUUCUCUCCUCGUGGCAGUAUCUGGUGCUCAGAAGGUCCUCGACGUAUUGGAUGUACAACGUGAACUCGAACUACUCGACAUGCUCGAUCUGAGCUAUGCGGAUAAUCUCGAACCACCUACUAGUCUUAGCGAUCCAAUCACCGUAUAUGUUUGGAGAACCCACGUAAAUCUAUGCACUUCGACUUCUGAGGUCCAAGGCAUGACAUACUCCAACUUUGGAUUAAUGCUACGAGUAGUAGAUCAAAAACUUGCUAUGCCACCAUGUGCAUUUAUUGCCCGCAACCUUGUCUUAUAA